AUGCCAGGCUUCCCUGUCCUUUACUAUCUCCCAGAGUUUGCUCAAAUUCAUGUCCAUUGAAUUGCUGAACAGGCCUCUGAUUUGUUCUAAGUGUCUCCACUUGCCCAUUUUCUUGCCCAUGGACUUAGCCCUGGUUCACUGUGGAGACAGACCCCUGGGAAAAAGGAAUAUAAGAAUUCCUGGUCCAUCAUGCACUGGUCUAAUCCGUGAGCUUGUCUCUGGUUUCCUAUCUUUCUGCCCUAUUAUUCUGGCUCCUAGUUUCAUCCCGGACUUAAGCUGUGUCCAUGAUAGCACAGGUCGCUGAAAGCAAUUUUCUUCCCCUGAUAAUUUCUCAUUGUCCUGCCCUAGCACACCUGUGAAUUUCCUCUGGACUUGAUUUUCAGCCCUGGUAACUUUUCUGUAUACACACCUGAGCUGCGAAGUUUCAAAGUGUUUGCCCUGAUACCAUUCGUGUGUCUGAGGUGGCCAUCACUAAUAUGUCCCUUUGGAUGUCCAUCCCUGGGUCAUCACUACCUACGUGUUUUUUGUUUUUUUUUUACCUACGUGUUCUUGUCUAACAUUAUCACCACUGAUUCCAAAGAGAUCCAUCCCAGUCGGGAAACCCCUUUCCAACACCUCUCUUGCUUGGCACUGACCUUGGACAAGUCAUGUGGCACCUUCCUAGGCUAGCAAGUAAUUGCAUGCAAGGACUCUUCUAGAUUUAAGUUACCAGGGCACCUCUACUCCCUCAGGCCCUAGGCUAUGUGCCUCAUUAUCAUUUGCUGUUUGGAUCCAUCCUAUCACGUCUCUGUUCUAAGCCCAAGAACGUUUGCGAUUGACCUGGCCUUGGAAAGACACACUAUUAUUUCCAUAGAAACUACAACUUCCAUCAGGCACUAUUUCAACGGAACAGGAAAGGAUCUGGGGCGUGGCCCUAAUGCCCUGGUAGUUUGGAAGACCAAACUACAACUCCCAAGAUAGCCAGGAGAUCUCUGCAGAGCCAAAGGAGAGACUGAACUCUGACUGGAGGCCGGGCAGGUCCGGAACCACCUCCAGAAAGGGGCGUGGUUGUAAUGUAGGGGCGUAGCCUUGUGAGCAGCAGGAAGAAGUUACCUGUUGAAUCUUCCUAUCCAUUUUCUUCUCAGACCUUGCAGCUACCCCUAAGAGGGAAGCCGCAAACCACUAUCCUCUUCCGAAAAAGAGACUAAAUUUAGAGCCCUUCAUCUGCAGACCCAUUGGCAGAUUGUGUCUUGGGCACCCUCUCGAUCUCAGGAAGAGAAAAGAACAGAGGGGCGAGUUUUCCACAGCAGAAGGAACAACGCUUCUGGGCUUCCCCCUGUACGUGUAUUUCCUAGCCCACAGACGAUAGAGCCAUAUGGCUUCUGCAGUCUGGGGGAACGCUCCCUGGUGGGGCCCACCGCCCCCAGCCCCAGCCCGGCCACUCACAGACAUCGACUUCUGCUCUGGAGCUCAGCUGCAAGAACUAACCCAGCUGAUCCAGGAGCUGGGUGUGCAGGAGAGCUGGAGUGAUGGGCCCAAGCCAGGACCAGAUCUCCUCCAGGCCAAGGAUUUUGUGUUCUCUUUGCUUGGUCUCAUUCACCGCAGGGACCCUCGUUUUCCUCCCCAGACAGAGCUCCUGCUGCUUCGUGGUGGGAUUCGAGAGGGCUCCCUGGAUUUGGGGCCUGCGCCUCUAGGUCCCUACACUCGGGGACCUCACUACGAUGCUGGCUUCACACUCCUGGUGCCCGUGUUUUCUCUAGAUGGCAUUGGGCAGGAGCUGCAACUGGACAUGAGAUCCUGUUACGCAUGGCUCUGCCUCCCAGAGCAGGUACGCGGAACCUCGGUCCGGGAAGCAUGGCAGGAUUGCCUAGGACCCCCAGUCCCAGGAGGACGUGAUUGGAUCCACCCAACUGAAAGCAGAGAAAGUCCCCGGGACCCGCAGAGCUCCGUGGACCAGCCACACGGUGACAUCACUGAGCCUGAGGCACACGAGUCUUUGGAAAAAUCACCUAGUAAUGUUUCAGUGCCAGAGUUAUCCCGGCAAAACCUAACCGAUAUUGAUUUUCCCUCACCAUCGGAAGAAACAAAUGAUGACGUAACCAAAGCAGCCGAUGUUAGCCCAGGGCCACAGCCGUCGGAGGCUCGGGAGACAUGGCCCACACUGUGCCCCGCCCAGGUGGCUGCUUGGUUCUUUACUUCGCUGGCUGCUGUCGCUGAGUCCCUGUUCCCGGUCCCGGGUGCCCCCCGCUUGGUCCACGCAGCCCGCCACGCAGGGUUCACUACCAUCCUCCUGGCUACGCCCGGGCCCCCGCGCCGCCUCCUGCUUUUCGACCUGAUCCCCGUGGUGUCUGUGGCCGGCUGGCCCCAGGGGGCUCGGAGCCACUCGUGGGCCGGCCCGCUGGCCUCGGAGUCGUCCUCCUUCUAUCUGGUGCCCGGCGGCGGCGGCCGAACCGAGCGGCCGGGCGCCUCCGGCUGGCAGCUCUGCUUCGCCCGCCAGGAGCUGGCGCUCAAGGCGCGCAUACCCGCUCCGCUGCUGCAAGCGCACGCGGCGGCCCAGGCGCUCCUGCGCCCGCUGGUGGCGGGGACCCGGGCCACGGCGCCCUACCUCCUGCGGACGUUGCUCUACUGGGCGUGCGAGCGGCUGCCCGCGCUCUAUCUGGCGCGACCCGAGAAUGCGGGCGCCUGCUGCCUCGGGCUGCUGGAUGAGCUGGGCCGAGUGCUCGAGGCAGGGACGCUGCCCCACUAUUUUCUGAGUGGCCAAAAGCUCCGUGCGGGGGACGGCGCCGCUUCGCUGCUCGGGGCGUUGGCCAUGCUUCGCGGGGACCCUGCUCGGGCCCUGCGCGCCGCUGUGGAGGAGGCCAAGGCUGCGCGUAAGGGGGGCGGCUUAGCCGGCGUGGGAGCCGGGUCCCAUUAAAAACGCUGUUCGUACUAACGUGGAAAGUGCUUCUGUUGGCCAGCGGGGUGUGGAGGGGACUGCUCUCCCUUCACCUGGGAGACAGGCUGAACCCCUUGGGCCCGAAGAACCCGCGUUCUAGAAGGCCUCCUGGCUGGUUCCUCCCCAUCCUCCCACCUUCCUCUCGCACCAUCCCUGGCACAGGUCGUUCCAUUCCGGCCUCUCCACCUUACACAUCUGUGGCCAGCACCCUUCUUGCCCUGGUGCAACCUCUGGCAUCCAUCUCCCCCCAGCGCUUAUGGUCUUUUCUCUUAGGGGUCAAUGAGGGUAAUAUAUUUGCUGAAAAAAGACGUGAAAAGGGGAGGUGUGGAGACCAGGGACUGACCAAUUUGGUUCACACAAAGGCAGAGAUAGUAAGGAGGCGGGAUUUAACCCCAGGCUAGUCCUCGCCGCCACCUCUAUCUUUUCAGUUACUCCCCCCAGUAGGGUCCCUUUCUCCAUUCUCAAGGCGUCCACCAUUCCAUCUACCUAAGCCCAAGCUCUCCCCUUGUGAAGAUUUGCCUUCUGUGGAGUCGCCUACUUGUCCCUCCUCCUCU